ACCUGGCAACAAAACGUAGCUAGCGAUAUCUGCUAGGGAGGGGACUCAAGAACGAAAACAAUGACACUGCUCGAACGGAUUUAAACAAACAAGGUACGCUUUUAAAGACUUUUAAAACGGCGUCGCAAGGAUUCCCCUCCCGGUUGUAAGUGUCCGCGACUAUCCAAGCUUAUUUUCUGACAUUCGCGGACUGCAGCUUUGUUGAUGUUUUUGACUGUAUGUUGCUACCUGCUCAUUUGGGUGCCUGGGAGGUGUUUUUUCAGUAAUUAUUAUUUAGGAAAAGCUCAACGCGUUUGAGGAGAACCGCCAGCUUGAAACUAAGCAUUCUUUGUUUGAAUGCCAAACAUUAUCUGUCGUGUUAGCUGGCGAGCUUUCAUUAUUAAGGGCCAGUUUUCUAGCUAGCUUGUUGUUAGCAUUAUUUGCACAUUCAUCAUUCAGAAAAGACUUCGUCGUGUCGGUUGCUUGUGGCCACAUACACAUAUUUGUAUAUUUAUAAUUCAAUUUUUUUUAGCGUAAUGUCGUUUUUUAAUUGCUAAUUUUUCGGUACGAACAAGCUAAUAGUUGGGCACAUAGGUGUAUUCUUUGGUGUCACACUGACAGCAAAUCGUUACACUUGCUGAAUGUUAAUAUACAAUUCGUUUUAUAUGCUUGAAAUGCACGCCGACUAAAGUCAUUUGUUUCUUGUUUACACAUAAACCAGCAACCCUGUCACAAUGCAGCUAAUUUAAGUUGUAAAGCCAUUUAGUCAGUAUUAUCACAGGUUUGGCAUUGGAAGCUUAGUUGGAAAUCGCUGGUGCUACAGUCAAAGCAUUUCCAAUAAGCUCUUAUUGACAGAAACGAUGAGUGGGCAUGGCUCAUCUUCAGAAAAGGGAGUCAACACAAGUCUGACAUGUCAAGAGAGUUACGCCUGUGGUGGCUCCGAAGAAGCUGCCUUUGAAUGUGAAGAUUGUAAGACGUUGCAGUGUGUUCGCUGUGACCUCGAGCUUCACUGUCAGGAGCAACUCAAGAACCACGAGCGGCUCGAGAUAAGCCCGGGUCACGUACCUUACUGUGACAACUGCAAAGGGGGUGACAAUGACAAGCGUAACAGGUCCAUGGUACGCUGCCAGAACUGCAAAGUCAACUUGUGCCAAGAGUGUCAAAAACGCACACACAGCGGAGGAAAUAAGAAGAAACACCAGCUCACUCCGUAUCUUCUGUCAACGAAACAAGCCGAGGCCAGGUUUGUACAAGCUUCUGUUCAACCUGCCGUCCAAAAAGUUGAUGAGGCUAAGUCACGCAGGGCAAAACUGUUGGAAAGUGUGUGCAGUUUCCUCCUGGUUGACGAAAACGAGGAAAUGCAGAUAAAAGAUGAAACUGCAUUUGUGAAGAAGCUAACCUGCUUGCCCAGCCAGCUCUUGAAGGUGGUGUCCAUCUUCGGGAACACUGGGGAGGGUAAAUCUCACACCCUCAACCACACCUUCUUCAUGGGCAGGGAGGUGUUCAAGACGUCUCCCACACAAGAGUCCUGCACAGUUGGCGUGUGGGCUGCUUUCGACCCUUUCCAUAAUGUGGUGGUCAUUGAUACAGAGGGGCUGUUGGGCAACAGUUCCAAACAGGGCCAGAGGACCCGUCUCUUGCUCAAGGUGCUCGCCAUCUCAGACCUCAUCAUCUACCGCACCCAUGCAGACCGCCUACAUGAUGACCUCUUCAAAUUUCUUGGGGACGCCUCUGAUGCCUACUUGAAGCAUUUCACCAAGGAACUGAAGGCCACCACGGCCCGCUGUGGUCUGGAUGUUCCUCUCUCGACUUUGGGCCCUGCUGUGGUCAUCUUCCAUGAAACUGUCCACACUAAGCUGCUUGGUACAGAUAAGUCGCAUGAAUCAGUAGACAGGCUGCUGUUGGAGCGUUUCAAAAAGGUUUCCCGGUUCCCAGAGGCCUUCAGUUCUGUACAGUACUGGGGCACACAGACUCUAACCCCGCCCACUGACUUCUGCGGCCUGCAGAAUAAACUGGAACAGCUCCUGGACAACAACGCCACGCGUUCUCCACGCACCCCUGUGGUUAUCUUCAAAGCCCUGCUGGCAUUAAGUGAGCGCUUUAGUGGGGAAAUUGGAGACGAGCUGGUAGCUCACAGUUGCUUCUUUCCCGAUGAGUACUUCACUUGCUCUGGCUUGUGCCUCAGUUGUGGAUCUGGUUGCAAGAACAGUAUGAAUCACCUCGGAGAAGGAGUCUGCCAUGAGGCAAAGCAUCGUUGUCGCUAUUCGGCUCAGUAUGAUAAUCGCAUUUACACCUGCAAGGCUUGUUAUGAAGGUGGAAAGGAAGUGAUUGUCAUCCCAAAGACCUCAGCCUCUUCUGACUCUCCUUGGAUGGGCCUUGCCAAAUACGCCUGGUCUGGGUAUGUUAUCGAAUGCCCCAACUGUGGAGUGAUCUAUCGGAGCCGUCAGUAUUGGUAUGGGAACCAGGACCCAGUGGAUACAGUAGUCCGAACCGAGAUCCAGCAUGUUUGGCCAGGGUCUGAGGGCUUUUUAAAGGACAAUAGCAAUGCAGCACAGCGUCUUCUGGAUGGCGUCAACUUGGUGGCCCAGUCUGUGUCAGAGCUCAGUGUCAAGCCUGCCAAGGCCGUCACCUCCUGGCUGACAGAUCAGAUCGCGCCAGCCUACUGGAAGCCCAACUCUCUUAUCUUGAUGUGCCAUAAGUGUCAAGCGGUCUUCCUGGAGAACGAUACCAAGCAUCACUGCCGUGCCUGUGGGGAGGGCUUCUGUGAUGGCUGCUCUUCUAAAGCUGCCCCUGUCCCCGAACGAGGCUGGGGUCUCGCCCCUGUCAGAGUGUGCGAUGUGUGCUUUGAGCAGAGAGCCUCACACGCAGAGCGUGAGGAGGAGGAGGAGGAGGAGGAGGAGGAGGAGGAGGGUGGAACUCUUGCCAGAAAGGUCGGAGAAGCGGUGACCAACACCAUAGGGGUUGUAGUGACCGCUAUUGACAUCCCACUGGGCCUGGUGAAAGACGCCGCCCGUCCUGCCUACUGGGUGCCCGACCAGGACAUUCUCUCUUGCCACAACUGCCGGCGUGAAUUCACUGCCAAGCUGUCCAAGCACCACUGCCGCGCCUGUGGCCAAGGAGUGUGCGACGAUUGCUCCCCGGAGCGUCGACCGGUGCCAUCCCGCGGCUGGGACCACCCCGUGCGCGUGUGCACCACCUGUAACCAAAAAGCAGGAGAACUUUAACAGAGACGACCUUCCUUCCUCAGAAUACUCAAGACAGAACCGCUAGCUCUCUGUCGUACCUCUCAACGGUUCUGUCUGGUAUCUGUGGAGAGGAAGUUGUUAGCUAUACUGUACAUACAUAGAGGACACUUAGCAAAUUUGGAAAUUGAGAGUUCCCGUGGCCUUUGUAGAACAGCCAGAAUCUGUGAGUUACUUGACUGAGAGUGUAAUCUGCAUUUCCACUCUUUAUUAUUCAACCUGAAAAUCUUGUUCACACAAAUCCUUAAUUGUAUGUUAAAUAAGGCUGAUGAGCUAUUUUUCUACUAUGAGAAAAUAUUUAAAAAAGCGUAUCAUUUAAAGAAUACUAGCUAGUGAAGAGCGUUAUUAGAUUUCCGCCAUUCUUAUAUUGUUUCUCUAAUGUAUAUGUAACGGCCAGGAGAUGUUUAAUUAAGCGCAGGUUACAUUGCAUGCUGUGCUGCAACAUUUGAGUUUUUGCACUAAGCCUUUUUCAGCUGUUAUAGGCUGUUGCUUAACAUGGCCUAAAACCAGAUGUCCAUAUUUAUCAGCAGCAUAAGGUUUUGGAUUAUCUGGGGUGCCAAAUCAUUCAGGUCACUGUGUCUGUGCUGGUAUGAUAUUUAUAUUUUACCAUGUCAUUGUGGUUGUAUGACGAUUUAGAACUGUUUGGAAAUUGUAUAUAUGUUUGACAAUUGAUGAUGAGAGAAAAAAGCACUCUGGUAUGUAUGACAGUGUGAAUGAUCAUUUUGGCCUUUUGUUUUGUUUAGUGAUUGUUCACUGAAUGACUUUACCAUCUCUUUUGCCAGGCAGGGUACAUGUUUUAUUUGUGUUAUGCUGUUUUUCUUAUUGUUUAUGACUGAAUUUUGUCUGUAAUCCAGUCUUAUGUAUUCAAUUCACUGGCCCCGACAAAGUCUCACACAGUCAUAAUGUUGCUUUUGUUUCUUCUUGUGUUUGUUUUGACAUUAUUUACUGUAAACCAUUUCAAUACUAUGUAGUGACUUUCGUUUGAGCCAUAUUAAGUGACUGAGUGAAGUCAUGCCCCUGUUUCAAAUGUAUGUCAUACCCAAUUAGCUUUAACAGAAAGGCUUUUAGGGAAAAAACAUCUGUCAAGCCUACAUUUUAUGAUGCAAAGAUGUUUUAUUCGAUUUAGUUGUGUGGUUUGGGAAGACUUAAUGUUUGUAUGUGUGUGUUUUACUCUCAAAAUAGAUUUGUCAAAAUGUUGCAUCACAUACACACACACACACACACACAUCUGAUACAUUGUUACACAUGGCUGAAUAGGAAAUGUCACGUUCAUGGCGUCCAUUCCCAUUAAACAAGGUGUGCAAUCUGUUGCUUCACGUAUAUUCUGUGGUGUUUUAUACACCAAUCUGCUACGUAUAUGUCCUGAUUUUGCACAUCUCUACACCACAUGUUUUUGAAAGUACAUUGAAACUUUGUGUGGACACAAAUGUUUGCCAGUGAUUUCAAAAAUGACAAUAUCUGGCAAAACUUAAGUGGGAAUCAGUCGCCUUUGUGUUUCUGAUGUGUGCUUUUGGGCGUUGUGUUUCAAGCCACUAAAUGCAGUCUUAUGUGGGGGAAAAGAAAGUGUUUAUGCCUUUCAGCCUACUUACCCUUUUCUCCCUUCCGAUAAAGUGAGGAAAAUAAUUUCCUUAGAGCUUAUUGAUGAUGACAAUAAAUAAUUAAUUAUUAUUUGGCUAAAUAAUUAAACAGCUU